AUGGCUCAACAACAAGCACCUACUGCUUCCCCUGCAGAAUUAGAUGGACCGACCGACCCUAGAAUUCAAAGUUCAACCAAGAACCAAGACCCUGGUAAGUUAACUAAGAGAGAAGACGAACUAAAGGAAGACAAAAGUGAAGAGGCCGUAGAGCAAGAAGAACCAUAUCUGCCUCCACCACCGUAUAAACCUUUUGUCCCGUACCCUCGAAGACUUGUUAAAUCCAAAAGUGUAGGGCAAUUCAAGAAACCACUGAAUAUCACAAUACCCUUUACAGAAGCCAUCACUCAAAUGCCCUCAUACGCUAAGUUUCUUAAGGAGAUCUUAUCUAACAAGAAGAAAAUCGAGGAUAACAAAACUGUUACACUUACUGCUGAGUGUAGCGCUAUAAUUCAAAAUAAUAUGCCUCAUAAGCUGAAAGACCGAGGGAGUUUCUCAAUACCCUGUGUAAUCAGAAAGUUUGUCAUAUACAAAACAUUAUGUGACUUAGGAGCCAGUAUGCUAGAGAACGUUCUAGUGUGCAUAGGUCAAUUCUAUAUUCCUACUGAUUUCAUAAUCAUAGACAGAAAUGAGGAUUCCAAUAUUCCUAUCAUAUUAGGAAGACCAUUCUUAGCCACUGUAGAGCUAUUAUAG